UAUGACCUUAAAAUCAUAAGUAAUAUUCGGAAAUAAGCUUCCAGGCUUUUCCUUACACAAAAGACAGCCAAAUGAAGCUCCAUGGUUGUGUAAAUAAAGGGGAGACUGUUGACACUAGCAGCUGUCGACCACUUCCCAGCUCCAUUUCAAAUAUGGCCAAGGUAUAAAUGGCAUUGACGUGACUGCAGUGGCUGCUAAAAACAGACCUGACGGCUAGAUAGGAGCACGCACAUCGCUCGGACAAACGCUGCACGUUCUCUUGGCCUAACAUAGAUUUUCAAACUUACUUUACCAGCUGUAAAGGACUAUUUGGUCAUUUUUGUUCUCUUCUACGUGAACAACAUGGAGAGCUUGGAGAAACAGCUCAUUUGCCCCAUAUGCCUGGAGAUGUUUACAAAGCCUGUCGUUAUCCUGCCCUGCCAGCACAAUCUCUGUCGAAAGUGUGCCAAUGAUGUCUUCCAGGCCUCAAACCCAUACCUCCCGACAAGGAGUGGCUCGUUGGCAUCCGGAGGCCGCUUCCGAUGUCCGUCCUGCAGACACGAGGUGGUUCUGGACCGGCAUGGUGUUUACGGACUGCAGCGAAACCUGCUGGUGGAGAAUAUUAUCGACAUGUUCAAGCAGGAGUCUAGCAGCAGUACCACGCCAGCGCCCGAACGAAAGGAAGCGGCGUCGCCCAUGUGCGACGUCCACAAAGAAGAGAAGAUCAACAUUUACUGCAUGACCCAUAAUGUGCCCACCUGCUCCAUGUGUAAGGUCUUUGGAGCCCACAAAGACUGCCAGGUGGAGCCAAUCAGCAGCAUCUACCAGACCAAGAAGACGGAGCUGAACGACGGCAUCGCCAUGAUGCUAGGCUACAACGACAGGUUACAGGGCAUCGUCAGUCAGCUGGAUGAGGCCUGUCGUGCCAUCGAGGAGAACAGCCGGCGGCAGAAGAACCUUGUUUGUGAGAAGUUUGACCAGCUGUACUCCAUCCUGGAGGAGAAGAAGAGGGAGAUGAGUCUAAAGGUGACGGCCGAGCAGGAGGAGAAGGUCAGCUACAUCCGCAGCCUGACCAUUAAGUAUGGGGACCACCUGGAGGAGAGCUGCAAGAUCGUGGAAAUGGGCAUCCAGAACAUGGAAGAGCAGGAAAUGGCUGUGUUCCUGCAGAGCACAAAACCGCUUCUCAAAAAACUUGCCGAAGCAUGCAGCACGUCGCACUUGGACAAAGUGGAGCGUGGCUACGAGAAGAUGGAUCACUUCACCGCCGACUUCCGGAGGGAACGCAAGGCGUUGCGAAGUAUCGACUUCAUCCAAGAGGAGGAGGACGACGAUGACGAGGAGGAUGACGACGAAGAGGCCGGGCAAGGGGAGCCGGCGCCCGCGUCUGUGGGAGGCAACGCCACACCCGUCCGACCCGCCCCGCCCACCUCGGCCACCUCUGCUCCGACUGCUCCCGCCCCGCCGCAGACAAGCCCCGCCCCUGCUGCAGUCAAAAGCCCAUCGUCCAGCUCACUGCCAGCAGUAUAGGGACACCUGGUUAUAAAGUUGCCUGUGCUCUUCUGGGAAGACUCUCUGCCAGUCACUGAUGUUGGACCUGGCUGGCCAUCUCUGCUCUCAUUCAACCCAAAUGUGUCUUGAUAAAAAACACAAAACCUUCCCCAAGCUAUUUUCUCAUCGUCCGAAACCUCUUUGCUACAGUGAAGAAUUAGGACUAGGAGACCAUGGCACGACCUGUGAUUGAUGAAUUGUUCAAUUAGGACGCCUCAGGUGUCCAGUCUCGUCUAAUUACCACAAAGGACGGUCACUCGUUGAGCUUGAGCAACAUUCGAUGCAGCACAAGAGGAUGACUCACAGCUUUUGUUUGGUGUGUCAGUCAAAUAUCAGGCACCAUCACACACACACACACACACACACACACACACACACACACACACACACACACACACACACACACACACACACACACACACACACACACACACACACACACACACACACACACACACACACACACGCCACACACACAUCAUCCUCAUUAGGUCCAUUUCAGCGUCUUGUCACUUUAUUUGAGCAAAAUUACCAAGCUUCUAAAGUUUAAGUGGAUGUAUGACUCUUGUGUUGUUAUUUUUUCCACGCUUCGCCACAGAGUUAACCCACGACUCGGCUCUAUUUGUUCAUAUCUGUGUGGGCAAGAGUCUAAAUAUGCUUCACUGUGUUGCCAAACUAA